AUGACAAAAAAAAAGCUUCUGCUUGAUGGGACGCUCUCAUUGUUUCUAAUGGUGGCCUGUGAAGCUCAGCAGCUCCCGAGGAGUCAUGUUGCUGCUAGUUCUGGUCCUCUGUGCGAGAAAGAGGCAGAAUCCUGGGGAACCCUUUUCAGCAGCGAGCGGCUGGAUGCCUGGAUCUGUUCCCUCAUCGGUUCGUUCAUGGUGGGGCUGAGUGGGGUCUUCCCCUUGCUGGUGAUCCCGUUUGAGACGGGAGCUGCUCUGCGGUCAGAAGCUGGAUCACACCGUUUGAAGCAGUUGUUGAGUUUUGCAAUUGGUGGACUACUGGGGAAUGUGUUUCUGCACCUGCUUCCUGAAGCCUGGGCCUACACAUGCAGUGCAACAACAGGAGAAGGGCAGAGCUUUCAGCAGCAGAAGCUUCUGGGUCUCUGGGUGAUCACUGGCUUCCUGACCUUCCUCGUUCUAGAGAAGAUCUUCCUAGAGAAAGAAGAGAAGGAGUGCCCUGGUGUGGGCUGUGAUUCCAAAGCACCAGCUGGAAAGAUUCCCAAUGGAAGUGGCUACCCCCUGCCGAAGGUGGCAGGCCAAUCCCAAAGAGCAGGAAAGGGUUCAACUCAGUGUAAUGGCUCCUCUCUCCAGUCUUGUCUGACUGACAACAGAAUCAAGAUUAGCGGAUACCUCAAUCUGCUGGCCAACACCAUUGAUAACUUUACACACGGCCUGGCAGUAGCAGCCAGCUUCCUGGUCAGCAGAAAGGUUGGGUUCCUAACCACAAUGGCCAUUCUCCUGCAUGAAAUCCCACAUGAGGUUGGAGACUUUGCAAUCCUACUUCGGGCUGGCUUUGACCGCUGGAGUGCAGCCAAGAUGCAGCUUUCCACAGCUCUGGGGGGGAUUCUAGGAGCCUGCUUUGCAAUAUGUGCUCAAUCACCAAAAGGAGCAGGGGAAACAGUAGCCUGGAUCCUCCCUUUCACUUCUGGAGGAUUUCUGUAUAUUGCCUUGGUAAAUGUUGUGCCUGAUCUCCUGGAGGAAAAGAAUCCCUGGAACUCCCUGCAGCAAAUCCUGCUCCUGUGUACAGGCAUUACAGUCAUGGUGCUACUCUCGCUCACAACUGAGUGACUUCUGCGCAGACCUCAUGAUGCCUCCCAGAGCCACCACAGUGACUCUGAGCUGUUACAAAGCAAUAAGGAACACUAAUGUUACUUCCUAUGUGUGUGCGUGCAGAUCUGGCUGCUAGUAUGAGAAGCAGGUGAGAAAGAGGUCUGAGUGUGUAGGACUUCGUUCCCUGGCUCUCCUAUCCCUGUUCUGCUAAAAUCCACACAUCAGGGCUUCUGUU